UUUAAAAAAUAGGCACCAGGGACCAGGGAUGGCAUUGGCGUGCAGCAUAUUAAGCCACACUUACGUACCCCAGCAUCAUAUACUGGAGUCUUGGCUACUCCCUGCUGAUCCAGCUCCCUGCUAAUGUGCCUGGGAAGGCAGUGGAAGAGAGCCCAAGUCCUUGGGUCCCUGCCACACCUGUGGGAGAGCAGGAUGGAAUUCCUGGCUCCUGGCUUCUUCCUUGCCCGUAUCUGGCUGUUGUGACCAUUUGGGGGAAUAUACCAGCAGAUGGAAGAUCUUUUUCUGUCACUCUGCCUAUCAAAUGAAUAUUGAAUAUAUUUAAAAAAUAAGCACCAGAAUGAAAUAUAAAGUUUUUCUAUAAGCCCAUACAUUUACUUUACCACCCAUGAAAACAUGAAUAUGUCCACCUGAAGUGUUAGACUUGAAUGUUCAAUCCAGCUUUAUUUAUACUAACUAAAAACUGCAAGGCAAUCAAAUGUCUGUUGUCUGGUGAACUGAUAACCAAAUUGUGGUAUAAUCAUAUGAUGUACUACUUAAUAAAAAGAAACAAAUGCCUGGUACUAGCAACAAAGUGAGCAAUGCUUUGCAAAGCAUUAUCCUAAGUGAAAGAAUCCAGAAAUAUAUACUGUAUAAUUCCUUUUCCAUGAAAUUUUAGAAAAAGCAAAACUUUAGUGAGAAAUUGCUAGGAGCAAGGAAGUGGGUGAAAGGAACUUUUGAUGUUGAUGGGAAUGUUUAGUAUCAUGUCUUUCGUGGUGGUUGCGUGAUUGUGUACAUUUCCAAAAAUCAUCAAAUUGCACAUGUAAAAAGUGGUGAGUUUUAUAUAAAAUUUUUAUCUCAGUAAAGUUGAUGGUAAAAAUGAAUCAUAAUCACUACCUAUUAACAAUAGGAAAUACUUCUUGGAGACUUUUUUCAGUAGAAUAAUAGUAUAAGGAAACAGAAAUUUUCCACUUUAGGAGAAGAAAGGAGUUACUGGGAGAAAAUAUGAAUAAAUAGUAGGAGCAUAAGAAGUUCCUCUAAAAGCUUCCUUGUGUACUUGCAAUUGAGCAGAGUCUAAAAGGAGAGAUCUUGAAAACAGGAACUCUAGUUCAUUUAUUACUAGCAUCCGGUGUAGUUACUAUUAGUUGAGUGAUUUUAGUGUAUACAGCUGCACUGUUGAAAAACAAAAUUCUGCUGAAAAGUCAUUUCUCUCCUUUUUUUUUAUUCUUUGCAGUGAGCACAGGACAUGUUCUGGGGAAGACUGGGUCAUCUGCUUUGGCAGAAAGAGUUUAGCUUCAAUUAGGUGCCAAGAUCUGACUACAUAUGCAAAGGAAGAAGUCUGGCAAAAGCACUGCUUUUCUGCAAAGACAGAAAGUGAAGGGUAUGGGUUUGUGUGUGAGAAGUAGCUGCCCAUCACUGCAUUAGUAAGAGAACUGGCGAAAGGGAAGGAAGGGAAUCACACAUGUUCUGCCUCUGCUAUGCAGAAAGAGAACAGCCGUGUAUUGAAAACCAGGUCAGAAUAUAGACAAUUGGUCCAGUCUGUUGAAACUAUGUAGAUCCAUUUUUAGGAGGCAUAAAUCAAAUGAUAAUGUUCUAUUUACCCAGUAAUAUCAGAUUGUUAAAAUUUUGUAGAAUAGUAGCUCCUAACCUGAUUAAAUUUAGCUUUUUUGAGUUAAUAUUAUAUUGAUUAACUCUGCUUUUUUUAAAAGAAGAUUUAUUUGUUUAUUCAAAAGGUAGAAUGAGAGGAGGGGGGAGAGAGAGAGAGAGAGAAGAGAGAGACCUUCCAUCUGUUGGUUCACACCUCAGAUGCCUACAACAGCCAGGAUUGUGCCAGGCCAAAGCCCAGAACCUAGUAUUUUGGCCAUCACCUACCACUUCCCCAGGCAUAUUGGCAUGGAGCUGGCUGGGAAGCAAAGCAGUCAGGACUCCAACUGGGACUCUGAUAUGGGAGCCGAUGUAACAAGAGGCAACUUAACUGGCUGUGUUACAAUUCCAGCCCUUGUGUGUGCAGUUCUUUAUUUCUUAUGGCAGUGACAAUUUUCAGCCAGCUGAACCAAUCUAGUGAUUCCUGAAGAUUUACUUUUUAAUUGUGACAUGAGUACUUUUGCAUGUUCUUUCUAAAUGACUGCUUUACUAAAUGCAUACAUUUAAUGUGUAUCAUCCCCUUGUCUUAUUUUUAAAAUACAUCUUUAAGUGAAUAUGAUUCAUAUUAACUGUGGUAAGUGAAUACAUUUUUAAGUUUACACCGUUGUAUUUUUAAAAAGCAUAAUUAUGGUUGUUUAUAAUGUAUAAUUUAAAGCAACAGUCCUUGAAAUAAGAUGGAAUUGAAUUCUGGUCACUGCUCUGGGAAUUAAAUGUCUCUGGCACGGGGAUGUGUGAUAGUCGCUCUGCUUUCAUUAUUAUGUGGACAAGCGCAUGGUUCUGGGCUGGGCAUUUAGCAAGUACUUAAAGUGUGCGGUUAUUUCUGUGAGCAUUGUUGCUGGAGGCUGGAAGUCCCUAGUGUGUUAAUGAGACUACCUACACACAUUUCUCCCAUCUAAUUAGUAGUACGGAUCCUUCUUAAAAGAACAGGAAAUCGGGUGGCCAUUGGGGCUUUUACAUUUGUCACUGGGAAGUCCUGUGUUUCUCCUUGAAGAUUUGGGUUAUAUGGAGAUGGAUAGUUCUGAGAAGACUAGGAUUAGGAGACUCAUGGGGCUCAGCCCCCCAAAUCUAGACAUUCAUGUGUGGCUAGCGCUGGAAAAUCUGUUGUUGUUUUGUUCACAUGAUGAUGCGGUUACAGAGAAUGAUUGCGAACUGGCAAUAUGUACCAAGAGGAGGGAAGGCAAGGUGUUUGAGAUCUGUUGGCCAUGGACACAAACAAUUGAGUGUAUUUCAGUGUUAGCAAAGGACAGGUAGAGGCCUCAUAGGAAGAGGGCCUCUCCAGGGGCUGAGUGGACACAGGUGUCCCCAGGAUCACCUGGUAAGGGUGUGGAGGUGAUGUGUGAACAGGGCACCUGGCAUCUAGCAGCUGCCAAGAGACUAGAUAUUAGAUUCCCACAGGGCAAUGUGGAGCCAAACUGGGUGUACUGUUCUAAUUCACAUAAAGAUGCAAGUGAUUGCCAAUUAUUUUUGUGUGCUGUAAGAGUGAAGAUCUAGUAGCAAAAUAUAAGGCCCUUUUCACUGAGGAAGCAGGGCCUUGACCCAGAGAGGAUGGGGGAGAGGUUUAGGAUUGUCGUUAUUAAAAAAUUGGAAGUUUGGCUGUGAACCUCAUGGGGUGGCUUAGAGAAAGAAGAAUGCAGGCAUUGGAAAUGAUACAAUUUAAGGAUCCCUGGCGCAGGCAUUUUGCCUGGCAAUUAAGAUGCCAAUUAGGAUGCCCCAGACCUAUAUUGGAGUACGUGGGUUCAAUACCUGUUUUUGACUCCUGACUCUAUCAUGCCUCUAAUGCGGACCCUUGGAGGCAGCAGAUGAUAGGUCGAGCAAUUGGAUACUUGCCACCCUGUGAGACGUGGAUGGAGUUCUCAGCUCCCAGCAUUGGCAGGGCCCAUCAGACAGAAGCGCGCUCUCUCUCCCUCCCUCCCUCCCUCCCUCCCUCCCUCCCUCAAACAAAAAAGGACCCAUCAACAAGACACAGGAACUCAGGUUUGGUGGAUUAGCUGUCCAUGGCCCGUAAGCAAUCCACAGCAACUUGCCCUAAUUGUUAGGCUGCUAGUCAGGAGCUCCUCAAGAUCCAUUUCCUUGGCCAGGAUCUGUUCCAGGGCUUGGCGUGGCUGAGCCUGAAGAUGGCAUCAUGGGACACUGGUAGCUAGGUUGAGAGGAAGUGGGAACAGAGGAUCUGGACAGAAUGGCGUGCCUGUGCUCGGCACCUGGAGGGCAGACUGCCUUGGUAUUUACAAUGUUGAGAUACCCACAAGGUGUGUGUUCUUGAUGAAUGGAAUAGUGUUUCCAGAAUUAUUGCUGAACAUGCUGCUGGGUGUGUGUGUGUGUGUGUGUGUGUGUGUGUGUGUGUGUUUGUAGCUGGUUGGAAAAACAAGCUUUCUUUGGUUUGAAAAAGCUUUAGGAGGGCCCAACAUAAAAAUCUGACCAUUUUCCAGUGUCAUUCUCUAGGGAUUGUUUUGUGUUUACAACAAUGCUAGCAUGACUGGGAAGAAGAGUGCUCGGAGUAUUGUGGCUGAAUUUCAGCAAAGCUUAAAUCACGAAGCCUGAAAACUCUAUUUUGACAAUCUGUAGAAUUAAUACUGCGUAAGAAGCUGGUGGGAUGAAGAAAUAAAAGACAUGUUCUGAAAUGUAAACUGCGUUCCAGGACAGUCUGAUAACUCGAAGAGGUAGAGGAAAUGCUCUCACUUUCAACCACGUGAACACACUUGGGUGGGCCAGCCAUGAGAGGGUACCUCGUGGCCAUAUUUCUGAGUGCUGUCUUCCUCUAUUAUGUGCUGCAUUGUAUAUUAUGGGGAACAAAUGCCAACUGGGUUCCACCUGUGGAGAUGAAGCGGAGAAAUAAGAUCCAGCCUUGUUUAUCAAAGCCAGCUUUUGCCUCCCUCCUGAGGUUUCGUCAGUUUCACCCUUUUCUGUGUGCAGCUGAUUUUAAAAAGAUUGCUUCCUUGUAUGGUAGUGAUAAGUUUGAUUUGCCCUAUGGGAUAAGAACAACAGCGGAAUAUUUUCGACUUGCUCUUUCAAAACUGCAGAGUUGUGAUCUCUUUGAUGAGUUUGACAACGUGCCAUGUAAAAAGUGUGUGGUGGUUGGAAAUGGAGGAGUUUUGAAGAAUAAGACAUUAGGAGAAAAAAUCGACUCCUAUGAUGUAAUAAUAAGAAUGAAUAAUGGUCCUGUUUUAGGACACGAAGAGGAAGUUGGGAGAAGAACAACUUUCCGACUUUUUUAUCCAGAAUCUGUUUUUUCAGAUCCCAAUCACAAUGAUCCUAAUACUACAGCAAUUCUCACUGUUUUUAAGCCACUUGACUUAAAGUGGCUUUUGGAAUUGGUGACGGGUGGCAAAAUAGACACUAAUGGUUUUUGGAAGGAGCCAGCCUUAAACUUGAUUUAUAAACCUUACCAAAUCAGAGUAUUAGAUCCUUUCAUUAUCAGAACAGCAGCAUAUGAACUGCUUCAUUUUCCAAAAGUGUUUCCCAAAAAUCAGAAACCCAAACACCCAACAACGGGAAUCAUUGCCAUCACACUGGCAUUCCAUAUAUGUCAUGAAGUUCACCUAGCUGGUUUUAAAUACAACUUUUCUGACCUCAAGAGUCCUUUGCACUACUAUGGGAAUGCCACCAUGUCUUUGAUGAAUAAGAACGCGUAUCACAAUGUGACUGCAGAGCAGCUGUUUCUGAAGGACAUUAUAGAGAAGAACUUUGUAAUCAACUUGACUCAAGAUUGACAUUAUGGACUCGGAAGAUGAUGCCAACAGUAUUAGUUUUAUUUUUAUACUGCAAUUUUUAGUUUAUUUUUAAAUAUGUUGGAUGCACUUGUCAAUUAUGUAUAUUAAGUCUGCUGCCUGGUGAUUCAUAACCACCAGCUUAAUUUCUGUGAAUAUAUUUAUGAAAACCAAGAAAUAUAUAGAUAUCAGGGAAAUAAGUUUUGACAAUGUUGUGUUUUUAAAAUAAGCUAGGUUUCUUAGGUGUUUUUAAACUUUUUUUCUAAGUAAAUCAUCACAGACUUUUAGAGGGAUGUGACUUCCUAAUAAGAGGACUUUCUAGGCCACAACAAUUUUGAUUGACACUGUCAGACAUACAUUUGGCUACUAUAAACCUGGCUGGGGAAAUGGCAUGUGACUGUGCCUUGAUGUGGCAAAAGAGAAGCACUGGCUAUGAAAAUUUAAGUUCAUACUGGUUAAAUUAAACUCAUUUCCCCUGACAAUUAAACCAUGAUUGUGACAAGCAGUAAUCUGGUAGAAUGAGGAUGCCUUUUUAAGUUGAAGGAAAUACGAGUAAAUGACUAAAUAAUUCAAUUACCAAAGUCUGCUGGUUCUGCAUUUUUUUUUAAAUAUAUAGUUUAUACAAAAACAAGCUAGACAUACUCAAGAAGGGAAAAAUCCUUAAUUUAUUUAUGUACUAAACUUGGAAAGUUUUCUAUUUGAAGUAAAUUAGAAAUGCUGAACACAACAAAGCAAGUAAACCCUUAAGUCAAGCUGGGCUCUGGACUUACAGGUAUUUUCAUAAAAAUUCUUUUCACAUGAUUAAGUCCAACCUUCAAAUGGAAAGCUUACCUGUGUAUCCUGAGAGGCGCCAGAGCAGAAUCUGAUGGGAUACAAACAACCCAGCUUUUCUGAUUGCUGAGCUUGUCUCCCUUCCCAAAUGUUAGUAAGUGAAACUACAAGGUAUUUGGGAGAAUGAGAUGAAGGAGAAAAGAAAAAUAGUUUAAAAAAAAAAUUAAAAAAAAAUUUUUUUUGACAGAGACAGAAAGGUCUUCCUUCCAUUGGUUCACUUCCCAAAUGAUCACCUUGGCUGGUGCUGAGCCAAUCUGAAGCCAGGUGCUUCUUCCUGGUCUCCCAUGCAGGUGCAGGGCCCAAGCACUUGGGCCACCAUCCACUGCCCUUCCAGGCCACAGCAGAGAGCUAGACUGGAAGAGGAGCAACCGGGACUAGAACCCAGUGCCCAUAUGGGUUGCUGGCUAUGCAGGCGGAGGAUUAACCAAGUGAGCCACAGCGCCGGCCCCAUUAGUUUUUAAUUCUAUUCUACUUCCCUAUCCCCUUGCAAAGGUGUAACACCUGCUUCCCACACAGCUCUCCCUUUCUCCAUCUCUUUCUUCUUCAUCCUCUCUUGAUCUCUCUCCACCCCCCUUUCUCUGCCCCUUCCCUCCAGCCUAUCGGACUUCCCCCAUCAAUAAAACCUUCCCCUUAAAUUAAAAAAAAAAAAAUUUGGCCAUAAAAUGUGUGACUGAAAAUUGAGAAACCCAGUAUUUUGUGAAGUAUGAGAAAAAGCUACAAACCUCAAGGCUGUUUUAAUAAUCUGAGCAAGACAUCUAUUAUAUAUACAAUUUAUUAAAAACACAGGAAGGAACACAUUAAAAUUUCACUGUUUAUACAAUCUAAAUUCUAGCAACAUAUACAAAUACUGAGUGACUACAGUACAUGCCGAGGUAAGAAAAGUACAUUCUGGGAGAGUCACUGACACUAGGCCAUUUUUAUUUCCAAUAUGCAUUUCAAUACAUGUUUUGUUUCCAUAUUCAACAGUGCCAAAGGGGAAAAAAAACUAGCCACAAGUUGGAUUACAUGAGAAUUCGUGCCUCAGUUGAUCUAAAAACUACUUUUAUAACUAUCCAACUCUUAAAUUUUGCAGUUUAGGGACUUCAAGUUUAGAACAAAAAGGCAGAGCUCAUAAGUGAUUAUCCUAAUUUUAGGCAGAGCUUCAUCAGUUCUCACAGGAAAUGUCCCCCACACUCCACUGGGCCUUUCUAGUUGACUCACCUGACAGGGUCUUUCUGCAGCACAGGAAGGAAGCCCCAGCUUUGUCACUCUCCACACUCGGGAGCCACAGGCACAUUCAGAUGAGCUAGGAGUCUGCUGCCCUCUCCCAGUGUUGUGGGGGAUAGGGGAAGAGGCAGGUGUAUACAUAAUUUUAAUUUCUGAAUAAAUUCUCUAUUCGAUUUUCAUCAGUGAAUAAACCCAUUGUUCAAUGCAAAGUGCAAAUAGUGAACUGUGAAGUUAAAUAACUGGACUAGACCCAGCACAUAACAGAUUCUAUUUAUAGCAUUUUAAUAAAAUAAAAAUAAGAAUUCACAAUAUCUUUAACUGUGCUGGUUUCUAGGAUCAAGUAACAGCCAAGUCAGUGUAAUUUUAUGAAACCUGUAAGGGCCACACUUGCUGUGUCAUUGUCUGAUUCAAUUUCUAUAAUUGUAUCAACACACCAAAAAAAAAAAAAAAAACAAAAAAAAACAA